UCUAAUCCAACUUAAACAUAACAAACACUUAAAUAAUAGAACUAGCUGUUAAGCGGCGCGCCGAUCCAUCGCAAUCCAAAUCGUUCAAAGGCAUUUCCAAAAGAAAGCCCAGAAAAGCAACUUAGAAGCAAAGGGAACAGAGCAGUAUAGAAAGUAGAGCACACAUAACCUCCUCUUAACGCUAGGAUACUACCACUUAAGUUAUAAAACUAUGUACAUUUAAAAAGAGAAAGGUUAUUUAACUACAAAUGCAACUGUGAGCAUUGAAAAACAGUAAACUAGAAAGGAAAAGGAAAGAUAAAUCAGAUUAGACUAAAGAGGCAUAACAAAGUAGGCAGGUCGGAAAGGGAGCAAGGGAAACCAAAGGAGGAACGGAGUCACAAUACCGAACUUACACUGUACAUAACCAGAUCACACAAACCCAACCCCAAAACCAAAUCCAUUUUCCAUCUCAAGCCGAAAGAAGUUAUCGCGAUGAACGCGCGUUCGCAGGUCUUCGAUCUGACCAUGGAGGGUCGUCAGGUGGACGAGGCGGUGGCCACCAUCUUUCACACCGUCCUCUUCCACCGCUGCCUGGGCAAGUACAUGUACACGGGCGACGCCCAGUACUCGAUCGGUACGGUCGGCUACACGGACGUCGAUUGCAACUUCAUUGACUUCACCUACGUGUGCUGCACUUCGGACAGUCUGACGCACAAGGUGAAGCGGGCCAUCAACUCGUUCAGCGAGAAGCUGCGCUCCAACGAAAGCUGCGGCUCCGGCCAGAUUAGCCUGGAGUUCUUCGAGAAAAAGAAGAACCGCUGGCCCUUUCCGCAGGAGUCGAUCCCGUGGGAGGUGUGGACGGUGCACCUGGACCUGAUCAAGCACGAGAACGAGGACGAGCGGCAGCUGUGCCGCGAGAAUGUCUCCGAUCUCCUAACCGAAAAGGUCAUAUACAUCACCGAGCUGAUGAACCGGCACGACUACGUGCCCAAGACGCCCAGCCAGACCGAACUGGACCUGAUCUUCGACACAUCCUUUCCAGACGUGCAGCCGUAUCUGUUUAAGUUCGACUACUCCACUUCGGGCUCGGCUGCUCCGUCCAUGGGUAAUGCCAUGAAAAAGAUCAUCAAAGAGACGCUCGCAAUGUGACGGGCUGGCGGAUCGUGAUCCUGUCACCACCUUUGUGUGGAAAUGCCAAUCACUAUGCGGCUGUCCAGACAUCGAGUUAAUUUAUUUAUGUUUUCUUUUUUUUUGUUUUUCAACCGUUUUUGCAUACUGUAUGUACUGCAGCUUAGUGUUUCUUGGUCGAUUUAUUUAUCAUUUACGAGGGUGAUAAGAUAAAAUACCGAGUAGUCAUAAAUUUAUGGCAUGUCCCUGCUGAACUAGAACGUUUUUUAUAUAGGCUUUUAUUUUGUUUUUUCUGCCUUAAUACAUUUAGUUGUUAUUGCUUUAGUUUACAAUAGAUUUUAGUGACCAUCACGAGCAUGAUAUGAGUUACUCCUGGACGUCUUGUCCAACGCAGGAUUUAAAGAGUUCAUUUAUUUCAGGCAAAAGAGCAAGACGACGAGAUGUGUAGAUAGCCGUGUAUAGACAAUGGGAGAUGCACACAGAGCGCAUGGGAGUUCGACAUUUUAGGCUACCAAUUGAAACCCCACCAAACCUCCCUUGCUCCAGGCCAGCAUCAGAGCAGUAGCCUCCAUGUGUAACUAUGCUAGGUGCGGCAUACGCUGAAUGCUAUCGAUUAUCCAUGCAAAACGUUCAAAACCAAGCUUUGAGCUCCACUAGCAAGCAAUUACCUGUCAGCAGAGCAAAUAUAUCGUGUUAAUUCUAUCCUAAUCGCCAGUGUAGAUAAUGAGAAUGAUGAAAGCUAAGAAAAUAUGCGGUGUGUGAGAGAAAAAGGAGAAAACCCAUAACGAAUUCAGAACCCAUCUAAUCUUGAGAUCGAGGCAAGUAGCGGUGAAGCGGUAGAGAUGUAUGUAUAAAAGAUUGUGAUUGUACUUGUAGUGCUUAAACGAUAGUACCGACUCUAUGUAUCCAUAGAGAUCCAAUAUAUAGAUGUGUAUGUAUGUAAAUCAAUGUUUACCUGUAUGUCCAAGCUAUAAAAGUAAUCGAUAAAUGUACUUUACGACUUAACUAAUAUUGUAAAAUCGAAUUAAGCAGAAUAAAUCCUUUGAAGCACACGUUCAAAGUAGAAAUGUAA